GGAAGUGCUUUUGGAGGCCAAAGGAUCAGGGCGGAAGCAGUUUUACGUGGUCUUUUUUGGGGGAAAAUUGCAAAUUUCGGUGGCGUGUCGUCGUCCAAAACACAAAGAACCGCGAGUGUCAAUCCAAGUAGGAACACAAUAAAUCGCCCCGGGAGCAGCGCCCAUUUCCGCGGUGAAGUUCGUUCGGGCAGGUCAUGUUUGUGCGGUUCUCCGGGAAUUCCGGGUAAGCCGCCGGUAUUUUCGUGGUUAGGUUGGGCUAGAGUGGUCGCCAAAAUGAAAAACCAAAUCAUCAUUACGCACUUUGAAAAUCCGCACUGUUUCUGGUACAAACAGUUCGGUGUGUUCCCGAAGAAGCGCCAGUUUCAGGACGAGCUGGACGACUUUUGCACCCAAGCUUAUCUCUCGGCCGACGGCAUCAAAAACACGCAUCACACGCCGGUUCUGAAGGAGAUCGUCGCGGCGUAUGAUCCGUUGCUGGAGAAAUGGUUCCGAUGCCGGGUGGACAGCAUUUCACAAGGCGCAAAGUACGGGCUAUGGGCCCUGGACGAGGGCAUGCCGAAGACGAUAGACGCGCAGUUUGUGCAUCCCUUGCCGAAGGAGCUAGCGCUCCGCACCGGCGUCAGCACGGUGUCCCGAGGAGGAGUCGCGAAUGUCGUCCCUCUCUUUGAAUACAUUUACGAUCCUCAGGACGAUCAGCUUCAUAAGCAGCCGUGCUACACGUGGUGCAUUACCGUCUGCAAACUCCUCAAAUCGAUGAUCAAGGCAGCGCAGCAAACGUUUUUCGAAAAUAUCACACCAUGUAGUAUUGACAACGGAGAGGAGGUCAAAUUCGGUAACCUCAUAUUCCUGAGCCAGAACCAAGCGACACUCCAUGCGACGGACAUUCUGCUGCAGACGGGACGGGUCACAUCGCUGGAUGCUCCUAUCUUUAUGAGUUAUGUAGCCACCUUACCACCAACAACCAGCAGUGGCAGCCGUUCGCUGGUUGACGAACCCAGCGGUCGUAAAUCACGUGCUACCGGCAGUGAUUGCAACGGCGAAAAUGGAUACGGAUCCAUCGCGAUCGGAGUGAAUGAGGAAGAUUUUGAGGAUUCGGCGAGCACAUUAGGAUUGAAAAAAAUAACCGAACCCAUCCCGUCUGCGAUUACGGCUAAGAAAGACCCGGAGAAUGUCGUACAGGUUGACGCUGAUCAAUUGAAAAAAACAUCAGAUACCUCGUCUUCGAACAAGUCUAAAAGGGCUCCGGAACAUUUGCUGCAGGAAGCAGCUAAACAGCCAGUGUCCAACGCCAAACCUAUGGCCUCUAGUGAGGCGUUGAAGAUGUUCACGGAACCAACCGACCGAAGUCCCCGUUCCAACGUUGUAAAGGAAAUAGCUUCUGGCGAUUACAAGCAAAUGACCGAAACAGUACCCGACGAGCCAAAGCAAACGUGCGCAACGGAGGACAACGGUAGCGUAAAAACCCGUCCAUUAUUGUCUCUGUUGCAACGGAUAAAUAUGCGCGCCAAGGCGCCAGCAGCAGCUGCACCAACGACGACGCCAACGGUGGUGGAGAAACCAAGCGCAGAAGCAUCGAAAACUGUUCGCAGUCCCACCAGUGACACAAAACCAUCUCCAAUGACAAUGCCUCCUCCUGCCGGUACCAAUCUACCACCAGUGAACCAGAAGUCGCCGUCCACGAAAGAUGGUCGUACCAGUCCUUCAUCGAACAAGAAUGCCCGCCAGAGUAAGGAACGGCGGAGUCCACAGAAUCAGCAGAACGCUAAAGCGACCACCGGCGUGACGCAAUCGACACGAUCGGAGAAAAGAUUUGAAAAAAUUGUUGAACGAGAGCAAUGCAUCUUGUCCCGAUUGUACAACCAUCGUAUACUGGUACACGGGAAACGUGUUCCGAAACCGAUCGAGAGCAUCGCGAAUGCCCACUUCUGCCCGGAGGUAUACCGCGAGCUGGAGCGUAUGCGUUUCACUUCCAUCUACCGCUUGCAAGCGUACGCGUGGCCACACAUCAUGCGCAGCAACUCCCUCAUGUGCGUCAGCUCGGGCUCGACUGGUAAAACAUUUGCCUACCUGCCGGCCAUCUGUACACUGAGCAAGAUGCAGAUCGAUGAGAAGCUGGUACCGGAAGGUGCGGGACCUGUCUGCAUCGUGGUGACUGAUUCGGCACGCGAAGUGCAACGUGUGGCGUCGUACUGUAGCCGGUUACUCAACACCAAUGUGAACAAGCAUCUGGCCGUUUACGAGUGUUACGGAAUCCGCAAUGUGCUGAAGACAUGCAAUUUGCUGCUAAACGGAUGUGCCAUUCUGGUCACGACGGCCCCUUGCUAUCGCCGUGUGUAUGAAAGCAUGCCGGAAUCGUUUGUGCGCAAACGCAUCCAGCUGCUUGUGAUCGACAAUCUGGAGAAAAUCGUGGAACACUCGGCGACCGAUCUGCAGCUGUUGUGCAAACACUGCGACAAACUGGAACUGCAGGUCAUCGUGACGGCCAGCUACUGGCAGCCGAUUCUGGGCGGCUUCCUGCGUCGCUACAAGAACAUGAUCGUGUGCAUCGGGGCGUACAUAGAGGCUGCCGUUUACGCGAAGGCGCAGAUCAAACUACGUCUGGUCGCAUGCGACCGCAAGGCUGGCGAGCUGAUCCAAUUUAUCGAACAGCAUGACUACCGGGCGCAACGUACGAUCGUGAUCGGAAAGGACGAUGACGAUUUGCAGGAGAUCGUGCAGGCAGCCCGCCAUCGCUCGAUCAAUCAUCUUAUCUGCAACGAGCAUACGAUCGUCACGCAGUUGGCCGGUUUUACGGCCUGGGAUCAGGAGCCGGUCGGUAAUAUGUCCCUACUGAUUGUGUCCGAUGGGGUGCUCGGCGAUUUGAAGGUAGCGAAUGCCCAGCACAUCAUCCACUACUCGCUGCCGGACUCGUGGACUUUGUUCACGAGACGAUUUGCAACCUCGUUCAACUAUUACGAUAAGGUCUGUAGUUGGGUGGAGGGGCAAAGCAAUCUCGACGAGCGCCAACGUCCGUCGUCGCUUGUGCUACUCGAUGAGUACAGCAAUGAGCAGCUACCAAAGUUGAUCGAAUUUCUGGAACUGCAUAAUUCUUUGGAUCUGUCCUCACCGCUGCAUUUACAGCUCUACAACCUGGCACAGACGAUUCGCCGUGAGCACGAACAAUCGAAGGCGACCGAUGGUAGCGCCCUGUACACGUUAUGUUCCCGGGUGCUCGAGUUCGCUAAAUGCCCCAACAUUCGCACCUGUCGUCACCGGCACGUUAUAACAGGGGAUGAUCUGGCCCACAAACUGCCUACCAGUGGGACAGUGAAGGUGAAAAUCUUGAACAUUACCACGCCUUCACAUUACAGCGGACGGAUCGAGGCACUCCGGAUGCGGGAUGGAUCGUGGCGUGAGGUAAAUGAUUCGCACCAGUUCUUCCGCCACGAUCUGGCCAUGCAGUCGUAUUAUGCGAAUGAGAACCUACACGUUUCGUACGGUCGAUUAAUUGCCAGAGGUCUGUGUGCCAUCUUCCUGGAUAAAAAGUUUUGGCGUUGUCAGAUCCUACGGUUCGAGGAAACUGAGGAUCCAAUGGCCAUUCGACCGGUGCUGUUGAAAUUGAUCGAUUCGGGGCGUAUGAUAGAGCUAAAGUCUUCCUUCUUGCUGGAGCUUCCGGAACAGUUCCGGUCGUUGCCGCCACAGGCGAUCGAUAUACGCAUUGCCGGUAUUGUGCCACUCGAUAAUGAGUCCGACUGGGACAAGGUGUCGAUCGAGACGGUUGGUCGGUGGAUUGAUGAGUUCAUUAACCAACCAGGCACUUGCCAUUUCGAGGGCAAUAUACAGCUAGCGCUUAAGGAUACUAUCUGGCUCGAUGAUCUGCGAGGUGUCGAGCAGCUGGGCGUCCCAAAGACAGAUGUGACCAGAAUACGGUUCAAGGCAACCAUCGUCUCGAAGCAGCUGGCCAUUGCCGAUCGUGCACCGUUCGAACUGCUACGACAACUCGUCAACCAGUGUUUGAUGCAGCAGCCUGAAGCACCAGAGGCUAAGGAGGAAAUUGAAAAUGAUCCCCCAAAGGAUACGCCGAUAACCAACCAAUUAUCACCGUCACCACCGCCAGUAGCCACCACUACGCCAAUACCAGCAAUAGAGAAUAUUGAGGAUAUUGAGCUAGUGCGUGAAAAGGAAAGUGAAAGUGUUUCCCCCCGGAGCCAGCAAGAUCACGAAACCAAGGUACCGUUGAGGAACUCGGCAAACAACUCGUCGAUUUCGUUUGACUCGUUUGAAGUGGUAAAUCAGCCAGAUCAUCACACGGAAACCAGCCAGGGUAGCGAUGGUUAUGCGUUUGUCUCGCUGGUAAAAGGUGAAAGCUACCAUGCAUCCAUCGCCAACUACUACACUCCGGAUAACUUUUAUAUCUUCCGGACCGACGAUAUUAAUGCUACCACAAGAGCGCUCGCCGACUUCACGGACAUCGAGAGUAACCUGCAACCGUUGGGAGCACCGCGAACCGGGGACUAUUGUUUAGCGGCCGAUGGUCCAGAUCUGUUCCGGCGAGCGAAGAUCGUCAGUGUUGCUCCGGAUUAUGUGACGGUCUUUUUGCUUGAUUUCGGCGGUGAAGUAGGGUUCAAGCGAGAAGAAUUGUUCCACAUCCCGGACCAGCUUCUACGUUCCACCCCAUUCUGUGCCGUUAAAGCAAAGUUCGCCAGUCUGAAACCAUUAGUGAACGGCGGUCGUUGGACGGAUGAUGUCAGCAAUGCGAUCUACGAUAAGGUGCUCGAGCAGUAUCAGGAGGCCGGCACGAUAUUUGCGCUCAUUUUGCGCCCCUCGGAAACGGCGGAGAAAGACAGCUGUCCGGUUGCAGGAUUGCACAGUUACGACGUACUGUUGGCGAAUGAUACAAAUCAACCGUACAGUAUCCUCAGUGAGAUCGUUCAGCUGGGAUUGGCAAUGUGCGCUGGCAAUCCGUAUGCUGCACUGAGCGGUGAUUUGCAGGAUGAGUUCGAGCAGUCAGGCGAUAGUUACGAUAUGCUACAGGAUGAUAUAGCUGCCACCGGUGAUGACGACGAUUGUGACGAUGGUCCGCUGAUUGAGUGUAAUUUUACGGAGGAAGAGCUGCGUCGUUUUCUGUCCGCACAGUCGCCAGCGGAUGGCGAUCCUUCCAGUUCUCCUUCAGCGCGGAUUGUGGACAUUACGGAUGCGCAAAACGAUCGUAAUCUGUGUGCAUCGCCAGCUCCGAGCAGCCGGAGUGGAACCGCUGAACCAGCCACCGCUUUACGUCGCACAAGGAAACGCAAGGAUCAGCCUAAACCAGCACAACCAGCGAUAGCACUGCCUAGGCUAACCUGUGACUACCGUUCCCCUCAGACGGUUUGGAAGCAAGACGAUCACUGGAUUGUACUGCAAGUUUCGGCACCGGAUAUAACCCGUUACGAUCUCAAGGUCGACAUAGAUGCCGUGCUGCUGCAGUUCGUACAACAGGACGAUGGCUAUCGUUACCUACUGGCGGCCAAUCUGUUCGGUCCCGUUGAUCCGCAGCGUACAGAGCAUUCGAUCCGCGGGCUGAAGAUCGUCGUGCGAUUGGCUAAGCUAGUGCCAGGCAUCGGUUGGCCCACGCUGCUCAACCACACCGGUAAGUUACCGUGGCUAAGCAAUGCGCUAGCCGAUGACGAUCGAUCGGAUUCGGAAAGUGUAACGGAGGGCGAGAAUCGCUGGAAGAGUGUGCAGCGAUUCGAGAGCUCGCAACAAUCAACCAGCCAGUCGGAGGAAGAAGGCGACGCAUCCGAGGAUGAGGAAGCACUGGAGGAUGAAAUCUUUUACUAGAAACC